AUGUGUCCCGGACUGUGUGCUCGCUGUGUUAGCACACUGCUGCUGUCUCUGGCUCUCAUCUCCACCGCUGCCAGCGUCUUGCUCCUCUUCCCGAAUGGAGAGAGGGACACAUCAGCUGGCAAGCCCGGCUGCUGCCUGGAUUGUGGGGCAGCGGCUUCACGCACCGAGAAUUACCUGCAUAAUCCGUUACUGUGGACAAUUUGUGAAAGGCCCAAGAACGUUGUGCUGUGGCAUGUCACCUUAUUCUGCACUCUCAUGAUCAUCAGCUGUCUGCAAGUUCUCCUGUGCUCCAUACAGAUCUUCAAUGGAUGUCUUGGCUGUAUUUUUGGUCGAUGUUCGCACUAUGAUACAAAGUGA